AAGGAGGAGAGAGGCAGGGGAGAGAGUGGGAGGGUGCAGGGAGAGAGAGAGAGAGAGAGAGAGAGCUGAUUAGAUUGGAGAAAGCCAAGGAGGUACGGGUAUACUAUUGAGCAAGGGGAGAGGCAGAGGGGAGGGUGACUAAGUGAAUGCAGUCGCGUGUCGUGUAUCACAGCGAAGUCCACAGGCAGGCGGACAGAUUGGAUGUGAAUCAACAAAUGGAGACAGAAAACGGGAUGUAUGCUGCAUAUGAGGGGGGAGCAAGGGAGGACGACUAGUCUGCCUUUAUAUCCUUUCAUCUCUGCAUCAAAUACUACUGUGAGGAGCCAGUCGGGAGGGAAAGGGAAGCAGUGGACAACUCAUUUCUCUCCAACACCCUGGAAGCCGACGAGCUGUGAGCUGCAAUAGAGUAAACUGUGGGACUCGCUGGGAUUUUUGAGUAGAAGCUCAUGCCAGUGUGUAUGAGUGAGUGAGAGAGUGUGUGUGUGUGUGUGAGCUGAUAAUAGCAGCUCCAUUGGUAUUCAGCUGAGGGAGCUCCAGGAUCUCGCUGCGCCUUUCCCCAGGAUGGGAUCACAGAGCAGGGAUUGUGCUUGCCUAUGGAGAACCCACUGAAAUGGAUCUGAAGCCUUGCAGAGAUGGACACCAAAUGGGCAGCAUGGAAUCCAACAAAUACCCUCCAGUGACAAGCUUUCCACACCUAACUGCCUCCACCAUCUCCAGCCAUCAGCUCAAACCAUCCCAGCCAGGUCUGAGUCUACAAAGUUGAGGCUGGACAAGGCGGACUGUGAUACCAGGAGCCAUCUACAGGAAGCAGAGAUAAGCCGAGUCAACGUUCAGCAAACCAAUCAGUGUGUUGAGCAUACAAUUGAGCUUCUUGGACUUCAUCUAAAAUGAAAUAGGCUGCAGUGAUGCUUGUGCAAUGGGAUGGAGCUUUUGGACAUGUCCGGAUUUAUCGAUCGGAUAUCCUAUCGCGAUUACGACACUUUGGUGCACACCUCAGUGCUGAGCGCAUUUCCAAGAUUGGUUUGUGGGCAAAAGCGAGUAAUUGAAAAUCCCCCCUUGAGAGGCUCUCUGUUCUGAUUGUUGUGGGGGAGGAGUUUAUUUUUUUUUUACAAGGAACAAUUUCAAAAACCUUCUUUCUUUAUCCCUCAAUUUCCCCUUCGUUCUUUUUUACUGUCUUUCUCCCACAUUGCAGAGAAAUACAUUAUGAAGCAGCACCAUUCUUCUUCAUCCUCCCUCAGUGAUGGAGAGAGAGGAGGGACAGACUGUCCAGAAUAGAUAACGAGCAAGGAGACCGACACUUAGGAGGAAGGAAGGGGGGGAAAAAGCAGAAAACCGAGAAACAGGUGGAGAAAGAAAACAGGGAAGGAGACGGAGAAAGACACAGAGAAGCAAAAAAAAUAAAUAAAAAUCAGAGAAUUAACUAGGAUUGUUCAGAUUUCUUUUGGACACUUCGUCUCUUUGUAAUUUGACUGUGCUGUGUUGGAGGCUAGUUGGUGCAAUGGGCAGGGAUGGUUCAGGAUUUACACCAGGAGGGGGACUUAAGCAGAAGACAAGUGUUUUGUCCUGUCUGAGCCUUCCUGGCCUGUAUCUUCGUGGUUGGGAGGAUGGCAGUCUGAAAGAUGGCUUGGUAAACAGACAACUGUACUGAAUGACAGACAAGCUCUGAGACUAGUGAGACAGACAGACAAGAAUAUAGACAGACAGGAAGACAGAUACACAGACUGAGUGUCAGGCAGAGAGCCAGGCAGACAUCCAGUGCCGGCACAGUAGACAGCAUGCAAUUCAUUGUCAUUCUAUGCAACGUGUGAAGAGACGACGGAGAGAAGGAAAGAAAGCACAGACAGAAAGAAAGAAGAGGAGCGUCUGUAGUUGUAGUUUCUGGAGAACCUCACUUCAUCUGCAUCCAUCUCAGUCAGUACUGUGGCAAGCCCAUGCACUAAAAUAAAGCUAAGAGGGAGGGGUCCUAUUACUAGAAAGGAAAUACAGGUUGGAGAGAAGGAGGCGAGCGGUAGAGAGGGCAGGCAAAGAAACAGAGGGAGAGAGCAGGUGUUGAAAUGCCUCCCCUUCAUCUGCUUGUCAUUUACUCCUUUAUGCCCUCUAGUCGUCUAGCACAAUGACUGGUGUUCUGAUGCCUAGUGUCCUCUGCUUAUAGGCCCUCUGCAAUCUCUAGAAAAUCAAGAGGAAAAGGACAGCAAGAAGGGAAAGGUGGAGCCUUUUUGAAUUGACAUAUUUUUGCCACUUUCAUUUUUUUGUCAAGACGGGUUUGUUAUCUCUUUUUUUUUAUUUCUUACUUGAAGUAAGAAAUAGAAAAAAGACAAUUUUUGAUUUUUCUUGCCUGUUUUUUGUGGGGAUUAUUUCUCCAUCUGAGUAUAAACACUUGAUUCCUCCAAAUUAACUCUAUAUGUCCUCUCCCCCAAUGGCAAAGUGUGAACUCCUCUGACUUCCCCAUGGCAUCCCCCCUUGCCUGAGUACUGAAACUCUGUGGUUUCAGAUCUCAAUGCCUCAGUUGACUCACUGCUACAGCCGAUAAUAUGGAACGGCGCUUUUGAUACCGUCUGAUUCAUUCUGUGGUGGUACAGGAAGCCAGCAGACCAUUCUCCAUGAGGAGCAGUAGAAGAUGCCGGCUCUGCCAGCACUGCUGCUGUCAAUACACUUCCUCUCCUUCCUGCUAGUUAUCAUGCCGCCACGGUCCCUAAGUCAGGCCCCCUUGCUCUCCUCGGUCCGCAUGGCGGCAAUCUUGGAUGACCAGUCUGUGUGUGGGCGUGGGGAGCGGCUGGCCCUGGCCCUGGCCAGAGAAAACAUCAACAGCGUGAUGGAGGGUCCAGCCCGAGCGAGAGUGGAGGUGGACAUAUAUGAGCUGCAGAAAGACUCCCAGUACGACACUACUGACACCAUGUGUCAGAUUUUACCCAAAGGCGUCGUCUCUGUGAUAGGUCCCGCCUCCAGCCCCGCCUCUGGCUCUACUGUCAGUCAUAUAUGUGGGGAAAAGGAGAUCCCUCAUGUAAAAAUUGGUCCGGAGGAGACUCCACGCUUGCCGUACCUGCGCUUUGCCUCUGUGACUCUGUACCCUAGCAACGAGGACCUGAGUCUGGCCAUAGGAGCCAUCUUACGCUCGUUCAGCUACCCCUCAGCCAGUCUGGUCUGUGCCAAGGCUGAAUGCCUGCUGAGAUUGGAGGAACUGGUCCGCCGCUUUCUCAUCUCUCGGGAGACGCUGUCAGUAAGGAUGCUGGAUGACAACCUGGACCCUACGCCACUGCUGAAGGAGAUCCGUGAUGACAAAGUGGCGACCAUCAUUAUUGACGCCAAUGCUUCUGUCUCCUACCUUAUUCUCAAGAAGGCAUCAGAGCUGGGGAUGACAUCAGCAUUUUACAAGUACAUCCUCACCACCAUGGUAAGAGAAUACAAAUUCUUCCUCGUUCACCCUUUUGUCUUCUGUUCCUUUGUUUUAACAUGUUUCUCUCUCCUACUCUUCUUUCACUACUGUCCCUUUAUGAGCAAGUUGGAGUGGAGAGAAUAUUUGAUAGAAGGAGGAUUCCCUCUACUGAGACUGGAUGACAUAGUGGAUGAACAAUCCAAUAUUGUGGGUUUCUCCAUGUUCAACACAACCCAUCCCUUCUAUUUGGAGUUCAUCAGGAGCCUCAACCUGUCUUGGAGAGAGGGCUGUGACUUAACGUACCCCGGCCCUGCGCUCUCGUCGGCGCUGAUGUUUGAUGCGGUGCACGUGGUGGUGGGGGCGGUGAGGGAACUGAACCGCAGUCAGGAAAUUGGAGUGAAGCCGCUCAGCUGUACCUCACCUCAGAUAUGGCAGCACGGGACCAGUCUCAUGAACUACCUGCGUAUGGUGGAGUACGAUGGUCUGACAGGGCGAGUGGAGUUCAACAGCAAAGGUCAGAGGACCAACUACACCCUGCGGAUCCUGGAGAAACACAGAGGGGGCCACAAAGAGAUCGGAAUCUGGUACUCCAACAACACCCUGGCAAUGAACUCCACCAGUCUGGAUAUUAAUGUCUCGGAGACGCUGGCAAACAAGACCCUCAUUGUCACCACCAUACUGGAGAACCCGUAUGUGAUGCGUAAAGACAACUACCAAGACUUCCAGGGCAACGACCAGUACGAGGGCUUCUGUGUUGACAUGCUAAGGGAGAUUGCAGACAUCUUAAAAUUCUCCUUCAAGAUCAAGCUGGUGGAUGAUGGGCUGUAUGGGGCUCCAGAGGCCAACGGCUCAUGGACUGGCAUGGUUGGAGAGUUAAUCAACAGGAAAGCAGACCUGGCCGUGGCAGGCUUCACCAUCACAUCAGAAAGAGAGAAAGUUAUUGACUUCUCUAAGCCGUUCAUGACCCUGGGAAUCAGCAUCUUGUACAGAGUUCAACUGGGUCGGAAGCCAGGCUACUUCUCCUUCCUUGAUCCCUUCUCUCCAGCUGUCUGGCUCUUCAUGCUGCUCGCCUACCUGGCUGUCAGCUGUGUGCUCUUCCUGGCUGCAAGGUUAAGCCCCUAUGAGUGGUACAACCCUCACCCAUGCCUGCGAGAGCGCAGAGACAUGCUGGAGAACCAGUACACCCUGGGAAAUAGCCUUUGGUUUCCUGUGGGCGGCUUCAUGCAGCAGGGAUCAGAGAUAAUGCCCAGAGCCUUGUCCACCAGAUGUGUUAGUGGGGUGUGGUGGGCGUUCACCCUGAUCAUCAUCUCCUCCUACACGGCCAACCUGGCAGCCUUCCUGACCGUCCAGAGGAUGGAGGCUCCAAUCGAGUCUCCAGAUGAUUUGGCUGACCAGACCAACAUUGAAUAUGGCACCAUCCAUGGAGGGAGCACCAUGACUUUCUUCAUGAACUCACGGUACCAGACGUACCAGCGGAUGUGGAACUACAUGAACUCCAAGCAGCCCAGUGUAUUUGUGAAAAGCACAGAGGAGGGCAUCGCCCGCGUGGUCAACUCCAAGUAUGCCUUUCUGAUGGAGAGUACUAUGAACGAGUACCAUCGCGGUCUCAACUGUAAUCUCACAAAGAUAGGAGGCCUGCUGGACACCAAAGGCUACGGCAUUGGCAUGCCACUGGGAUCUCCGUUUAGAGAUGAGAUCACGCUGGCCAUCCUCCAGCUGCAGGAGAAUAACAGACUAGAGAUACUGAAGAGGAGGUGGUGGGAGGGAGGCCGGUGUCCUAAAGAGGAGGACCACCGUGCCAAGGGUCUGGGCAUGGAGAACAUUGGGGGCAUCUUUGUGGUUCUAAUCUGUGGCCUCAUUAUUGCCGUGUUUGUGGCCAUUAUGGAAUUUGUGUGGUCCACACGCCGCUCGGCAGAGACCGAUGAGGUGUCUGUCUGUCAGGAGAUGAUCACAGAGUUCCGAAACGCCGUCUCCUGUAAAAAGAGCUCCCGUAUGCGCCGCCGUCGGCCCCUGAGCAGCUCAGCAGCCUUGCGCCACCCCACCCGCAUUGCUCUGGGGGCCCCUCGGCCCCUGCGCCUUGUCCGGGAGAUGCGGCUCAGCAACGGCAAGCUGUAUAGCGGAGCUGGCCCUCUGACAGGUGGAGCUGGAAGUGGAGCAGGUGGGACAGGAGCGCCAGAUCUGGGCCCUGGGCCUCAGCGGAUUCUGGAUGAUCCACUGGGCGCCAACACCACCCCACCUCCACCUGCCCCCACGCCUGUGAUGCUGCCCGCUCGCAGCUGCACCCACGUGAGGAUCUGCCAGGAGUGCCGAAGGAUACAGAGCCUAAGAUCAGGCAGCAGUAUAGGAUCAACAUCAACAAGAAUACCACCUUCAUCUGCCCCUCUGCCACGGCUACCUCCACCUCCGCCCCCAUCUUCGUCCAACACAGACAGUGAGGGUGGAGGGGCACCCAGCCCGGGACGACUAAAUCAGAGUCCACCACCUCACACCCCUCGACCCAUUCCACCUUCACAGAGCAGCAACACCACAGACCUACUGGGAGACCAGGACUGAGCCCAGAGUCAGUUGAGGGUAGAUGAGAGGACCGCAGGGAGCCUGUGAUGUUAGUGAAUGACAUUUCUGCUGCUUCGGGAGACAUUUCCACAGGUGAAAUUCAUCUCAGAACAAAAAAAACAAGUGGGAGAUGAGGGAGAGAAGGGGAAGAAAAAGGAUUUGAAGUCUUCAAGGCCAGCUUGCAGAAAAAGAGAUGACCUUACCAAGACAAAGAAUGAGGAUAACUAACAUUUUCUCAUGUCGAGCUUGAGGCUUAUAGCUGUAGAACUGGCUAUAAGGUGGUCUUCUCUAAUCAGUUGUGAUGAACAGCUCAAUUUGGACAAAUCUGAGAAGAAAUGCACUUGACCAGAUGAUGGUUUCCACUGGCCUCUUUUUGCCUCCUUACUCCCCUCUCACCUCACCUUUAGGGAUGUGAGUGCUGGUUUUCUUCCACAGACACUUCCCUGGAAGCUAACUAGCCCAUCAGUGAAAUGAAGCCUUGCUGAAGGACAUACUGUAUACGUAUGUGAUCUAAAACAGCUACUAAAAGACUUCCAGAGAAUAAUUUCCUGUUGUUUUUUUCUUUUGUUGUCUUUAUUUUGUUACCAUUGUCCUAAGUGGGAGUAACAAAUACAGACUAUAUGUGACAAUAUGGUGGAGUUUAACAUACUAAGAAACUUGACAUCAGCUAAUUGUGUCAAGAGUUUUGUGUCCCUCCCUGUGCCCCAUUAGCUGCUUUUUGGAUGACAUCAAGGAAGGUAGAUGGAAUGACUUCAAAAGAACAUAAUGCAAACAGUAGCAGAGAAAACAGUUGGUCUGUCUUUGUUUCCUCUGUGUGUGUGUGUGUGUGUGCGUGAGUGAGUGCAUGGGUGUGCACACGUGCAAAAUUUGUGCUUCGUGUAAGUCUGUGUCUAACUGCUCAAAUUAGGGAAAUGAUGUACUUAGCAUCAGUACCCUUCUACCAAUGUAAUCAGACAGCCCCAAAAAAUGAGAGCGAGCAUGAGCAAGAGGUUUUGAAAUGUGGAAUUAAUGUCUCUUUAUCCUGGGUAAUGCUUGCCAAGACUUCACUUCUUUUUCACCUCUGUUCAGACACCAUGGAUGAGAUAGAGAGACUGGGCAAGCCAAGACCGACAAGAUAGAGAAUAACUGAAAGAGAGGAGACAGAGAGCCACAAAGGGAAAAGGACACUAGUGAAUUGAAAUGAGAAAUCCCUCACUGAACUACUUUCAUUAUUAGAUCUGUCCUGAUCUGUUAAUUCUGGGCAUCUUUUAAGGAGCUUGUUAAUGUGCCAGCAGGCUUUAGCUGCCGCUUCUUCCCUUCUCUCUGUUCAGCAGACUGACUUGGCCGUCCACAGUCGCGACUCCUUCCAGAAUGAUAGCCUCAACAUAGCCUUGUCAAUACUGUCUCAAGCUUUUGAUCGCCUAAUUACUCCCCUCAGUGACUGGGAACUCAUUUAGGAGAGGGUUGAGCACAGUCAAACAUGCAGAUAAAUAGAUUUCAAAGAAAUACAUGUUUUGUUUUUUUUGUCAUGGCUGAGAAGAGAAUCUCGUCUCCUUUAAUGAUCUUGUUAAUGUUACAGCCCUGUAGUUGGAUGAAACUGUGGCUAAACAGUGCAGAAUCUAAACUGUGUAAACAAGGUUCCUUGAAGGGAAUACUGGUGUAUUUGUUUGUUUUUGCUGCUUUUACUUAAAAUUGUGUGCACUUCA